UUAGCGUCGAUUAUUUCAAACCGAAUGUAGUCUAAUUAUCACUUUUUGUCACGCUCUUGGCCCCAUCGUCUGUUUUAUUACUUCAGUUGGUUGAAAUGACGGCGAUAUGAGGUCGGUUUACACGCGAAAACCCUCCUUUUAAAUGUAGCUCCGCCCCCCGUGGUUCUUCUGUCAUGCGGGCUCAGGCAGCCCUCGAAGCCUUCCCCAUCUGUUGAGGAAAAAUGGCCGAUGUGUGAUUACUACUUGCCGUAAUAAUACAUGUAUAAACCGGGUGACCAGCCCCCCCCCCGGUCUUGGCUUAGCGAGUGGAGUGGAAACAGGAAGAGGAAUAUAGUGGGGGAAGAAAAGAGACGGUGGAGAGGAUCGGGUGAGACAAGAAGGUGGUGAGGAGUGAAAGGGAGGAAAAGGGGAGCAGAGGGGAGUGUGUGGACCUCCAGAAGGAAGACAUUUAAGAGAGAGGAGAGAAAGCAUGUCUAUUUAAAGGUAUCCGAGUCUGUACUGGGCUGUCUUUGCUAUUUUGGAUUGACUGACAGAGAGAUCAUCCCCUCUUUUUCACUCAUAUUUCACUGGAAGGUGUGACGUGGAGGGCCUCCCAAAUACAGACCAAGACUGGCUGCAUGUAUCACUCGGCAGAGCUGUACUCUGGCCGUAAAUCAUGGGACUCCUACGCAGCUGGAGGACCUAACAGAGGGCGAUGGGCUCCAGUGGACAGUCGACAGUCGACUUGGAGCCAAACACAAAGAUCCCACGGACGACACCAUCCAUCCGAUUAUUCCAUCUCACCAUCAAGUCAGCCUUUUACCAGGGGGGAACGAACAGUCCACUAUGCCCAAGACAAGGGUGUCUCUAAGAGGCACAGGCAGCAUCUUUGGGAUGCUAAAGAACAGCCAUUUGAGGCCCAGAACUGGCAUCAGAACUCGAUGCGCUCAUUCCACAACCGAGCUGGUGCCGACAAUGGUUAUCUAACAAGACCGGGACAGCGCUACAAAAAUUGGGUCAGCAACUCUUUGCAUGGAAGUCCUCGCCUACAUCGCAACAGCAGAGAAAUCCAGCCUCCUCCAGAAAGAUGGGCUCCCUCAGACUUUCACAGGAGUUUCCCAGGUCGAAUGAUCAAUAACAGGCCAGAGCCUUGGAAACGGCCCGCCCCUCAUCAGUGCCAAGACCAAAUGCACCAGCAUCGACCAUCAGUCCAGCACUCUUCAUCUAUGAGGGAUGAGGAUCCGGUCAAGAGGAGCCGGGAUUCUGCACUUGAUCAGUCAUCUCAUUCUGGAUCAAGGCAUCUAGUUGCCCAUCCAGCAUCACCACCUCACCACCAUCGUAACCAAGAUGACUGGAAACCUCUUCAUGACAGGACAGGUCCUUGCCGCCUCUCUGACCACAGGACCUCAACAACACAGCAACAGGAGACCUUGAAAUCGAGAGUUGGAGGACAUAGUUUGUUCAACAGCGACCCCAUAGUCCAAAACCAGGGUUGCAGCAACAAAAUGUCACAUCUUGGAAACAGUGGGAAGAGUUGUCGAAAAACAUCUUCACCAGCAGAACACACUCGUGUGCCUUACAGCCACCAAAACCCUCAUUACCAUCAUCAGCGGCACACACGCCACCUCAAAGUUGAACAGCACAAACCUCUGCGAUACCACCUGGAUGAGGAGGAGGAGGACUCACAGAAUCAUCUCCAUAAUGAAAGCACAGAAUCUCAGUGUACUCUUCCAAGCGGCAUUUCAAGAGAUGCCACCUCCUGGUCUUCUGCAGCAGUCUCUUCUCAUUCGUCCCUUCGUCCGAAAGAUUCUUCUCACAGUCCACAUGUUAGUCCGUCACUACACAUGGCAGCCAAUGGCAGUAGACAUUGUAGCCCGAUCCUCAGUGGACAAUCAAAGGUCCAGGGAAGCCCUACUCAUAAAGCAAGGGUCUGCUCAACCUAUACCCCAUCUUGUGCAUCAUCACCUUGUGCAAAGCCGAGGUUUUCAGAUGUCAAAUACAAGAAGAUCUCACAGCCUCCAUGCUUGUCCCCCCAUGGCAACUCGAGAACAAACAAGCCCAAAAAGGAGUCAAAUGCCAGAAGAAAAGCUGAAUGCAAACAUAAAGAUAAGCUGGUAAAAAGGGAAAGAAGGAGCAAUGUUGAAAAGGCAAACCACAGAGGAGAAGGCAGAAAAAAGCGAAAGAAAAAAGAGGAGCACAAUUUAGGGGAGAGAAGAAAGAAAAGAGAUAAAGCGAAAAGGAAAGAAAAGAAAAUAGGCCUGACCGUUCUAACCACUGAGGUUAUUUCCAACUCUUCAGAAGAGGAGCAACAAUCUCCUCAUCCCGGAUGCACUUCUUGGCAAACACUGCCCAAAAGGAAUUCUGCUAAACGUCCUACUGAGGAUCGACAGGUACACUUACUCCCCAUAAACAGCCCCAUCAGGAAGAAGGCUUCCAUUGUCUCAUCCCAAUUAGAACCCAAGGCAAAACCUGAAAAUUCAUUGCCUUCUAUUUUAUAUGAAGCCGUAGAACCUCUCAGUGCAGCGUCUAGUGUUCAUGAAGCUCAACGAGGGCUUCUCCAUGCCCCGGACCUCCAGCCUAUGGGUGUAAUAGGAAAUGUGCAGGAAGCGGGGGAGAACCUAGCAAACACGCCUCCUGUACUCAGUUGGCAGGGCUCACCGGUAUCAGAUGUGGGAGAGGAUGAGGACGAGCUGCAAAAAGGAGUGAUUAGCAGACCUGUCCUCCAGCCCAGUCCUACCCAGUGCUUUUCUCCUCCCCCCUUAGAAGGCGAGAACAUUUAUGACUUGAUUAAGGAGCCUUGUGAAAGUAAACAGGCAGAGUGUUCGCAACUUUCUAAUCCAUCGAGUACAAACAAACAAGAUCUUAAAGAUGAGAAGAAGUCAGAAAGUCUAGAGGUUUCUAGCUCUCUGCAACAGGAUCUUCACCGCAAAGCAGGCCUGGAUGACGUUUUCAAGAGCCUGGCCACUUUUCUUGGUAGCCAGAGGGCCACAUGUCGAGGUGGUCCAUUCGGGGGGUCUUCUUCUUGCACUGCUAGUGGGGUUAAGUUGGUGUCUGCGCUUGCUCUCGGACCAGAUAUCCGCUGUCACCAGCAAAAGGUUUCUGACCUCAAGUCGGAGCCUAAUAAUCUGUCUGAUUCACAUGUGAAGCCCCAUACUGUGACAAAUCAGUGUGAGUCUGACACAGAAACCCCUACACUCAAAGUAACGGAGACUGAUGAGGAUAUUGAAGAUAGGCAAGACAGGAGAAGCACACACAUCCUGCCUGAAGGAAGAGAUUCACUUUUGGACCAUUCUCUCAGUGCAGAGCUGAGACUAACCACCACCCACACCUCCUCUUUGAGCCACCUCCUUGUAGUCGCCAGGAAGGACGAGGAACUGAAGAGUGAGGAGACUCACCUCAGAGGUGCAGAGAAACAACGAAAGCAAAAGGCCAAGGACGGUAGUCACGUCAAAAUUAAGACAAAGAAGAAGAAAAAAAGCACUGUUAUCUCCAGAAAUACACUCAAACGUAAACACAAAUCCCCUUCCUGCAAAGAUGUGCAGAGAAACGGUGUGAAACUUGAAAAAGCUAACUUAAAGAUUAGCAUUGAUAAUAAAGACAAUGAUAAGACAAUAAAAAAUGCUGCCUCAGCGGCAACUGGAAACUCAACCACCAAGACCUCAAGCUCAUUAUCAACUAUAUUAAUCAAUCCAUCCAACAUAAUUACCACCACACCAGCGAGUAAAUCUGCUGCCAACCUAUUAAAGCUGAGAGCAUUUUCCAUGGGCUUUACCAAGGAGCUGAAGGUCCUGGUAGUGAGGAUGAAGCUUGAUGCCAGGCACACAUUCAACGUAACAGAAGUAGAAGAACAAAAAAUCCCACUUUCUCAGAUCAGCAUUCAAAACACAGCAACUGAAGUAGUAGGAGCUUGCAAAGGGGCAAAGGUCAAGGAAAAAUUUAAGGAGUCAUACCUGCUUACUUCCCUCUCUGUCAAACCUGACAUUUCUAGUCAGACUCCGAUUCCUCGAGAAAAGCUCAACCCUCCCACACCGAGCAUCUAUUUGGAAAGCAAGAGGGACGCCUUCUCACCAGUUCUGCUGCAGUUCUGCACCAACCCCAAAAAUGCUGUGACUGUCAUCAGAGGUCUUGCUGGCUCGCUCCGCCUCAACCUUGGCCUGUUUUCUACCAAAUCUCUGGUGGAGGCCAAUGCAGAACAUGCCGUGGAGGUGAGGACUCAGGUGCAGCAGCCUGCUGAUGAAAAUUGGGAUACCCGUGGCUCGACUCAGACGUGGCCCUGUGAGAGCAGCCGCUCACACACCACCAUUGCCAAAUACGCUCAGUACCAAGCAUCCAGCUUCCAGGAGAGCCUGCAGGAGGAGAAAAAGAGUGAAAAUGAAGAGGAAGAGGAUCAGGCCAAGUCUUCGGAUACGCCGUCCACCACAAAAGCAAAUGUGUGGUCAGACCACAAUAAAGGCAACCUGGUCUCAACUGCAAUUAAACACACCUCUGAUCUCUUAACUAGCAAAGCCGCCACCGACAACACAUCCAGCUCGGAACUGAAAGCUGUUGGCAAGAUCAUCAAAUUUGGCACCAACAUCGAUCUCUCUGACUCUAAACGGUGGAAGCCUCAGCUGCAGGAACUGCUCAAGCUGCCAGCGUUCAUGCGUGUGGAGUCGAGCAACAACAUGCUCAGCCAUGUUGGCCACACAAUCCUGGGAAUGAACACUGUCCAGCUCUACAUGAAGGUGCCAGGCAGCCGGACACCAGGUCACCAGGAGAACAACAACUUCUGCUCUGUCAACAUCAAUAUUGGACCAGGUGACUGUGAGUGGUUUGCUGUCCAUGAACAUUACUGGGAGUCAAUCAACACAUUCUGUGAAAAGCAUGGAGUAGAUUACUUGACAGGGUCCUGGUGGCCUGUUCUGGAAGACCUCUACAGUUCCAACAUCCCUGUGUAUCGUUUCAUUCAAAGACCAGGCGAUUUAGUGUGGAUCAAUGCAGGUACCGUGCAUUGGGUCCAAGCAGUGGGCUGGUGCAACAACAUUGCAUGGAAUGUGGGACCUCUGAACUCAUACCAGUAUCAACUAGCAUUGCAGCGAUUUGAGUGGAACGAGCUGAAGAAGGUUAAGUCAAUUGUUCCCAUGAUCCACGUUUCCUGGAAUGUGGCUCGCACCAUCAAAGUCACCGACCACGACACCUACAAGAUGAUAAAACACUGCCUCAUGCAGUCCAUCAAGCACAUCCAAAUCCUGAAAGAACAGCUGAUGGCUGCAGGGAAGAGGAUCUCAUACCAGAGUCGUGUUAAAGACGAGCCUGCUUAUUACUGCAAUGAGUGCGACGUGGAGACAUUUGACGUGCUGUUCGUGACCAGUGAAAACUGCAGUAAGAAGAGCUACGUGGUGCACUGUGAGGACUGCGCCCGAGCUAAGAACCCUUCGCUGGCUGGAGUGGUGGUGUUGGAACAAUAUCGAAUGGAAGACUUGAUGAAAACCUACGACAGCUUCACACUAGCUCCCUCGCCCUCUUCAAAAUGAGGACGUCUUCAUGAGGUCUUUCAGCCAUAACCAAAACUAAUGGCAGCACAAAUGUUGCCUCCAAGGCAAUCUGGUUCCUGCAGUCAACGUUUACUCUGUUGUUUACAUCACUCAAUAAGGUAUGGAUAUCCUCAGCCAAUCCAAAUACAGCUCACUGUCUUCCCCAUACCAGCUGCUGAUUGGACGUGUGCAUUUUAAAUAGAAUGACUAGAAUGGUAAUUCUAAUGGAAAGCAUUUAGGAUGAAAAAAAGAGCACUGCUACCACUGAAAAUCAGGUUAUUUACUGUAUACGUUCGACAGAUACUGCUGUGAUUUAAAAGCGUCAAGUAGCCAAUUUUCUGUAUCAAUUCAGGUACUUUUAUGCAAAUUCUGUUUUUUUACACCAAUCUAGUUAUUCUACAUGUCCAUGAAUAUGCUGUGAUUCUAUUAUACCAGCAGGGGAAACCGCUUCACACAGGAGAAGUAGCUGAUUGUCACAUUUGCUUCAUAUUAACAAUACUGUAUUGAUACCUGGUUUUCAGGGAAAUUUUGACAUGUGUUCCUCAUGCCUGUAAACUCUGAGGUGCUAUUCCGAUCGUAUUUAUUCUUUUCACAUCAUUCAAAACGUUGUACCAGCCUAGAAGUACACCACAUUGGCCUUGUGAACUGUAUUUAGAGGAGAUGUAAUUAGACUGUAAAAUUACAUGACUAUCUUUUAUUUAGAAAAAUAAAUAAAUAGCAAUUUCUCUAAAUUACGGGUUUAGUAGAGGACUAAUAUGGCCGUAUUUUUAGGUGAGAAUCAAGUGUGUUAAAUGGUGUGGUUUCUACGACACUUGCAGAAUCAAACGUGGUGUUGAUUUUUCUAUUUAAUUUUUUUGGAACGGGACUGAAUCCCAGUUUUAUACCUCUUUGUGUUGCUUGGUUUUUAGAUGACAUGAGAAUAAAUAACUGUACAUGGUGAGCGACUACCGGUAUAUGAAAUCAAAAAGUGGUGUGCAUAGAUGGAGCACAAGGGGGUAAAUCACCAUUUUUCUAUUUUUGUUAAACACUGUGAGAACUUCACUCAUUAGUAUGCUUCUCUUAUCCACAAUACGUACAGUAUCCACGCCUGACACGUGCUGUAAUGACUGGAUAUGUCACAAAGUAAGAUAAAAGCAUACUGACACAUUACAAAUUCUUCAACUGUAAUUUUGUUUCCUUUCUGCCGCUCACAAUUUUCAAUCAAAUCAUAUAUUUUCCGAAACCAGAAUUUGUUUAUUCAACAGCUAUCAGAUGUUGAUUUGCAAAAGAACAGAGCACUUCUACAAAAUUAACAUUAGAAGUCCAACCCUCACUUUUUCCCAGAGAAACUACUGUAUUUUGCCUUUGUUUCCCAUAAAUUCCCCAAGUUUUAUGAAAAAAAGCCUCUCUGGUGCUGCAAAACUAGUGCAACAGAGGCAUCCCCCACCCUUCCGUUCCACCCGGGCCCACUUCAGUGUAACACAUCCUGUAGCUGGUGAAAGCAGGCCUUCAAAGUAAAAGCAUGCCAAUAGAAUAACAGUUGUACUAUCAUAGGCAGCCUCUCCACCAGCAAGGCAAAUGUUGCCAGUUGUGUCGAAAGUUGAGCUGAGAAAUGUUGGACCUAUUUAACUGCACAAGUUUCUACAGGAAUAUACAUUUUAACUUCAUAGUGUUUACAUAUGUUCUUUGAUUUUUUUUAUAUAAAUACAGUGGUACUUCGGUUUUCCUUUGUAAUACCUUCAAAAAAUGGCCGACGAAAUUGUACAAAAACCAAAUAAAUUUUCCCGUAUAAUAUUACAUUACAGACACGUAGAAGUAUGAACACAAAUCACAUUUUAUAGAGAAUAAUUAUAAUUUUACACAGAUAAAACUAAGCAAAAUACAUAUAAUUGAUGAAUAAUAUGGAUAUUUAACAUCACUUUUACCUUUUAUUGAAGAUUUUUAUUGGCGAAGGCAGUGAUGAGCAGAGACUGACCCCACGUUACUAGUUCUUUCUCGAAUGUAACCGUGUUUCUCACCUUUUUUUAUCAAAGCGCAACUUUCUUUGGCCCCUUGUUGGCUUAUUUUGUAGUCGUACUCAAUUCAAUUCAAUUAAAAAGUGAGACUGAGUCAGGAAUGCCUGGAAUUCUUUGUUUAGGCACUCGGCAGAAUGAUACGCGGGCAAACACACUAGUUUUUUAUGUGUACUGUUUGGCUAAAACCGAGACUGUUUACGAAAACGGGGGCAAACUACGAUCAAACCUGUCCAUAGCGACUAUUGCUACACGAUUGGUACAGGAAGACAUGAUGGGUCCAUGCUUGUGCAAAGACUGUGUCACUUCCCUCCUUGCAUUUUUUCACGACACAGCUUUUGCGACAUCACAUGCUGUGAUAUUUGAAUGUUUUAUUCAUUAUUUUUAUAAAAAGAAAAGCUAAAAUGAUAGGAAAUAAGAACAAUAAUAUAAAAAUGAACAAGGGGUAGAUAAAAAAAAGUAUUGCCACAAUUUCAAUAACUUGCACUCUAACUGAAUGACGCACAUAGGUGCAACUGAAUUCAAACAAGUUGUAGAUAAUGUUUGUUUUGAAUGUAAUGUUUAAGUAUUACAUUAUGGAAAUAAGGAUUACGAAACAUAACCGCUAAGUAAGUUGCCAGGAAGUGACGUAGUCUUUCACAUGCGUACACCGAUGGUGGUGUGACAGCAACCAUUGAAGGGAAACAGCAAAAGCAGCCGCUAUAUGCAGGUGUGGGAGCCAUUUUGAACCAAUUGGUAGUGGUGGAUUUCCGGUCAGUGCGGCGGAUUUUUGCUUUUGUCUAUGGCUUUGUCGAUCUUCUUUGGCUUUGGGGCUGCGUUUUGUGCAAUGUGUUGUUUCUUCUCCAUGACGAGGGGUGAGUACCAAAGGCGCUAAUUUCUGUAAUUGUGUUUGAUUUAAUGUGAACAAUUUCAUGGGUCCACCGUGACUCGUUUGGCAAGUUCAAUGUUAUAAUAGGCUACAUUUAUUGGCUGCAUGUGAAGCUCAUGAACCUAGGAAAAAUUCAUAAAUUAGGCUGCAGCAUUGUAUAAAGCGUGGGGAAAAAAAUGUGUCUCUUAGCUCAGAAAUGCAAAUGUCCGUACUAGAUUUAGGUCAACCACAAGCAAGCCUCAUCAUCAGUUUCCGCUAUUUGUUAAAUUAUUAAACUUAAAUAUUUCUAAAUAUUUAAUUACAAGAAAACAAUUCAUAUUGUAAAAAGAGUAAACAAAUAACUAAUAAUAACCUGUAUUUACAUUAUGCAAAAUUGCAUCAAAUGUUGAUAUUAGAGCCACUAUACUGAAUGAUAAAAAUUUUGGGGUACAAAAUAUUUGGGUUUACAACACAUUUCUUUUCUGUGAGGGAAAUGUUUGUGGCAGCUAUAGACAGGUUUGACUGUUUUGACGUAAAGCAUCGUCGGAAAUCAAAUAAUAGAACAAUUAUGACGUAGUAAAACCGAGGUAAACACUGUAUUUUGUUUUGCUACACUUCAGGUAGUGUAGUUUUUGAUUUAAUGAAGAAAAUGUUGUUUUUAAGAAUGUUGCAGCUCAGGUCAAGGGUCAUCUUGCAAGGUGCUUUUAAUUUGCGAGGACUACAUUCUGUUGUCAGUGACCUUUAAAAGUGAAUCAGGCCCAUUGUACAACAUUACGAUUGGUUCCCAGAACCUAAAAUCAGAUAUCAAAUACCCCAUCAACCCCCACUAUUGGUCAUCUAUGCACACCAUUUCAUGUACAUAAUGUAUCUGUUUUAGUAGACUGUUGCUAAACUCAUUUGUAAAUGCUCAAAAGUGUCUACUUCUGUCUUUUAAAAAAAAUAGUCAACAUCCUGAAAUUGUCCUAUUUCACUCUAGUUUUAAUUACUGUACCGGGAACUUCCUCCCACCUUUAUACCUCCUUUUUGUUGUCAGGUUUGUUUUUCGGGCAAAAAGAAAGAAUUGUACAUUGUGACAUUAUUUAUACUGUACAUGCUUUUCUUAUAUUUAUUGCGUAUCAAAUGGUACUUCACUUGACGUGAUGGGGGCUACAAGGUAUUUUCACGAUGUAGUAAAGAUAGAGGAAUGGGGCGUCGGUGUAAUUCUCACGGUGCUACGACCCCUCCUUGCCUCCACGACACAUAACUGAUGAAAAAGCAAGUCAAGCCAACCUGCUGGUGCUUAAAAAACUUUUAACACAGUUUCACUAUAACUAUAAAUGCAUUUUUUGUACUGUAAUGAACUCAUAAAUACUACAUCUUUUUUAAUCUUUUUUCCGGUGUAUGAACUUCAUAAUCUUGUGUGGCGAUAUUGGUGACUUCAUUAGCAUUAUUAGCUGUAGUAGUCAAUCUUUUACAGAGACUUUUAAUGGCCAAGGUUUUGUUUUUGUGUGUGUGUGUGUUUUGUCUUCAAUAUUAUUUGGCGGAUGUAAUAAUGUUUCUGUUAGUUUUUCCUCUUAUGGUUUGUUUGGUUUAUGCUGCACUUAUUGUUUCAGAUAGAAGACGUAAAAAAAAAACACCUGAGCCAGACCUGUCUUAAAUUGCUCUGUGAUAUUCCUGUGACAUAUUGUGUUGUUGUCCAAUAAAAUGUUUUGAUAAAUUAUUCAACAAAGUAUUUUCUUUAUGGAUUUCUACUGUUUUCUAUAUAUACCUUUAUUACUGUAACUUGUGUUUUUAUUGUCCCGCCCUACUCCAAAAACAACAACAAUGUAAAACAAAAAUGGUGGGUAAA